AUGUCAUAUUGUUAUUCGGAUGAUGAUACAUCUGAUCCAGAAUCAUUACAGCAACAACAUUAUCAUCACUUAAUGCCUGAAUCACCAUUACAACAUAAGUUGUCAACAAAUAAUACAACUCCAAAUAGUCACGUGAAUCGUGUUGGUUCCAAUAUGUCACCAAAUUCACAAUUGGAACAUGAAAAACGUGUGCGACGUGAAAUUGCUAAUUCCAAUGAACGUCGUCGUAUGCAAUCAAUUAAUACUGGUUUUCAAAGUUUAAAAAUACUCAUUCCUCAUUCAUGCGGUGAAAAACUUAGUAAAGCAUGUAUUCUACAACGUGCUGCUGAUCAUAUAAAAGGUCUUGAAACAGAAAAACUAAAAUUACAAUCUCAAAAUGAACAAUUUCGUAUAUUAAUAAAAAGUUUUCAAAUUGAUUCAACAAGUGUUCUACAAGCACAACGACGUUUAUCAACAAAUGAUCCAGAUGAAUCUGUUCUAUUGCUUAAUAAUGAAACGAAACCAAUUACAAAUUCUGAUGAAGCAAAUGAUGAUCAACUAAGACUAUAUCAUGAUGUUAAAAAUCGUCAUACAUUCAUUCAAAAUUGGCAUGAUGUCUCACAAUAUGUUCAAACACAAAAAGAUGAACAACAACAUUAUUAUCCUCCUUCAUCAACAUCAUCAUCAUCAUUAUAUCGUACUAAUCCAAAACAAUCAUCAACAUCAGAUACAGCAUAUAUGAUUGUUAAACAGAAUCAACAACCUAGUCAACGUUGUUAUAAAACUAAUUCACUUGAUCAAAAUAAUGAUAAUAAUGGUAUUGUUAUUGUCGAACGAUGUCAACUCAGGGCGCAAAGUGUUGAUACAAAUAAUAAUAAUAAUAAUAAUAAUAUUAAUAAUAAUAAUAAUAAUAAUUCAUCAUCACAUCCAACUGAUCAGACUGUAUCUCGUCGAAAUUUACAAACAAUUGUUGAAGCUAUUCGACAUUUAGAAGGUGAUGAUGCAUUAGCGAAUAUGAAUCCUCAACAAUCAUCAUCAUCAUGUCAACAAGAAGAUUUACCAGCACAAAUAAAAGCAAUGAUUAAUGAAAAAUUUCAUCAACAACAACAAACAAAUAAAAGUCCAUCAUCAAAUACAAUUUAUCAACAAACAAUAAAUAUUUAUGAUCAACAACAUACAACAUCAACAUCACAUGAUGUUGAUUUACAUCAAAAACCACCUAAAAAACGUAAAAUAACUUAUAAUGAAAAUGAUGAUACGAUUGAACAACAAACAAUUAUACAAAAACAUGAUAUACCUCCAAUAUCAAGUCCAGAUGUUCAUCAUCAUGAACAAAUUUCAAGUGAAUCACCUCCUCCUCCUUCUUCUUCUUCACAAACAAUUAUCUCAAAUUUAGUUGUACGUUCACCACCAACAGUAGCUCAAUUAUUACAGGAACAUUUAAUACAACGUACAGUACGUUAUCCUCCUCGUCCAUUAUUAACAACGAAUAUACAUCGACAUCAACAACCCUAA